UGAGGCGCAGGACGGCUGCUUUAUAGCCGGGGCCCGCCGUGACGUACGGCUGAGCGCUCGCUGGCACGGCUUCCCGCCGACCACUCAGCGCAGCCAAAUCCAGGCUGACAAGACUUUCCUGGCGCUUUGGAAGGGACUGCAAUCUACUGUAGGGGAGAACAGAGCCGCUCAAUCACUGCCGCCGUAAAUAGGAGACGGAAGGGAGUGAGAAAGGAGGCGAAGAGAAAAAGUGCUUGCUGGGGGGGGAGGGGGGGCGGCAUUUUUGGUGGAUGGUAUGAAGCCAGCCAUGGAAACUGCAGCGGAGGAAAAUGCAGAACAAAGCCAAGAGAAAAAAGUGAUCACCAGACCAGAAAUGGAAAUUGGCAGGUACCACUGGAUGUACAGGAGUUCAAGGCCACACCGGUACCAUCAUGUGCCAGCAGUGAGAGGCAAUGUUAGUCCUUUGGGGAUUCAAGGUUGCUUUGAAUGUUGCAUUAAGUGCCUAGGAGGAGUGCCAUAUGCUUCGCUGGUGGCAACCAUUCUCUGCUUCUCGGGGGUAGCGUUGUUUUGCGGCUGCGGGCACGUGGCGCUCACGGGAACUGUGUCUAUCCUCGAGCAGCACUUCUCCACGACUGCCAGUGACCAUGCUUUGCUGAGUGAAGUAAUACAGCUAAUGCAGUAUGUAAUUUACGGCAUUGCAUCGUUUUUCUUCUUGUAUGGAAUAAUCCUCUUGGCAGAAGGUUUUUAUACGACAAGCGCAGUGAAGGAGCUGCAUGGCGAGUUCAAAACAACAGCCUGUGGUCGCUGCAUCAGUGGAAUGUUUGUUUUCCUCACCUAUGUGCUUGGAGUGGCCUGGCUUGGAGUCUUCGGCUUCUCUGCCGUGCCUGUCUUUAUGUUCUACAACAUAUGGUCAACCUGUGAAGUCAUCAAAUCUCUUCAGACAAAUGUGACAGUUCCUGGGGACCAGAUCUGCGUGGACAUCAGGCAAUACGGUAUUAUCCCUUGGAAUGCUGUACCUGGCAAAGCCUGUGGGCCAAUUUUAGAGAACAUCUGCAACACGAAUGAGUUUUACAUGUCUUACCACCUGUUCAUUGUGGCUUGUGCUGGAGCUGGUGCUACUGUCAUAGCAUUGAUCCACUUCCUCAUGAUACUGUCUUCUAACUGGGCCUACUUAAAGGAUGCCAGCAAAAUGCAGGCCUACCAAGAUAUCAAAGCAAAAGAAGAGCAGGAGCUGCAGGAUAUCCAGUCUCGGUCAAAAGAGCAACUCAAUUCUUACACAUAAAUGUUUGCCACAGUAAUUCAGCAGAAGAAUUCUGUAGCUCUGACAAAUCAACAAAUAGCUGCUCUGCAGUACAGAUGUGUGUCUACCAAACAAAAUUAGAGAGAAGUGCAAAAGCUUCACAUUCCAGCUCCUGGAACACACUCAUAGGGAAUGGGUAAUCUUCCAUCCUUUCAUACAGAGAAUGGAGGCUUUAUUCCAGGCAUUUUAAAAGGCAACACUUCAAAACCAGUGACCAAAUUAUUCUUCUUUGAGACUUUUGGUGUUUAGUAUUUGACACUUCCUUCCAGCAGGACGUCCUGCACAAAAACGGAGGCAGGUGCUCCGAGCAAGCCAGCAGGCAGUGAGCGAAUCUCUGUCCAGAGCCUAGGCAGAGGCAGGCGCGCAGCCCGUGCCUCUCAGUCCAGCGGCCAAACGAAAUCAGCCCCCAGGCUUCCCGACAGUGCCAGCUUGUGCUGCGGCGUGGCUGCAGCCUGCCCCGGGGGCUGCAACAGGGCCAUUUUCCAUGGGCCACUCUUUUUAUGGUGAAGCAGCCAGGCUCCUGCGCUGGCGGGAGCACGCAGCAGACGUCCCAAGCUUUUAAUCCUUUUAUUAACAGCUACCUAACGGAAUGUAGAGCCCCGGAUCUCGGAUAAUGAUCCCCUCCUUUGAAAAUAAAUGUCAGCUUUGCCUUAAUAUUUAUUUUCUAUAAAUGUCUUAGCAUUUAUACAGUGGCAGGUGACCAUUAUCCUACAUUUUAAGUAAGUGGAAAGUGUUACCUUAUUAAAAUGACGCUGAUCCGACUAUUCCAAAUGAGCGGAGGGGAAAGGAUGCAGAGUUUCGACGCCAACGAUAACAAAUUAGAGCCAUAAAGCAGAACACAGGAUGUCCACCUUUCUCUAUCUCGGUGCUUAGCAAAUUUCUAGUCAGUGCUUAACGUGUUUUCCUUUUUACAAAGUAAUUAGAGCAUUCAGAAAAAACGUGGUGUUCAGGAACAGUUAAAGAAAAUGAACAAACUGGUGCCAUUUGAAGAGAAAAAUCAUUUCCCAUAGAAGUUUGCCUUCUAAUUAAUGUUUGUUUGUUUUUUUUUCAGAAGCAUUCAGUGAUAUCUUGAGUAUUAGUGAUGGUAUAUUUGGUGUUUGUUCUAUAUGAUUAUAUAUAUAUAUAUAUUAAAAAAAACAAUGUUGGGGGUGGGAGCAAAAAAAAGUAAACCAGAUCAGUCUUCUGAAGAAUUAAAUACCAGGCUGUACCCGCGUUAAGCUGAUGUGUAGUUUGAUACUUUGGACUGCUGAAUAUAAAUUGAAGGAAGCACAAAUUUCUUCAAGUCAGUAUUAAAAGGCAUUUAGGGGUGGGUAUUCAAUUCUUUUUUUUUUUGUUGGUUGGUUGGGGUUGUUUUUUUUUGGGUUAAAUACUGAAGUCUAAUUUGACAGUUUGAACAAAGGGGCAAAGUUGAUCACCGUAGAGCAAAUCUGACAAAAUAGCCUAGUGUAUGUUCUUACCUGUUGCAUGAAGGAGACAUUUCUACAGCAAUGCAGGUGAUGUUCUAGCCCAGUGUUUGCAUAAGGGUAUAAUGGAGGCAGUGUCUUUAAAGCCUAAUUCUUUUCUAAUUCAGUGUAGCUAUGACUGGGAGUUUUUUGAAGUUUUGUUUAAGUAGUCUAAUAUUUUUAUGUAAAGAGCAUUAAAUUUUGCUAUGUAUAAAUUUUUGUAACCUAACAGUGAAUCAAUAUUUUCUAUCAGUGCCAAGGGCUUCCUGUAGUUACAUCCAAGUGUUAAAAUAAAUAUUUGUAGAUAAUAGACAACACUUGUGUACGCUUAUUUGACCUACAGCUACUCCAUACUAGCGCAUCUCCGUGCUUUAUGUCUCUAUCUGAAGUUAAAAUGCUUUUUUGUUUAGUAGUAUCUAUCCCAUUUUGCUCCUGUGUGGGGAGGGAGGCCCUGUAGGUGUAAAGCUUCAGCAUGGUAAGUCAGCAAGUGUUCCUAGCAUGAAGUAUUGGUAGUUGUUCCAGGCCAGCAUAAUGCAACAAGCACUCUCCAUCCCAUUCUGGACACCGAGCGGGAGGAUUCUCUCAGAAAUAGGGUGAAAGGCAGCACUGCUGCAAGGCCAAAUUAAGCAGCAUGUAAAUUUAUAGAGGCCACCAAAUCACACCUUCUAGCCAAAUUGCUAAAAGCAAAACUUCUUUGUCACACAUUUGAUACAUCACGUUUCAACAGCGAAUGAAUUCAAGACAGAGUUUCGAUUUUUGCCCCUAAAUUCUGUCAAACUUGGCUUCAUGUUCUUGUAGCUAGGUCAAGAUGAGCAGCCUCAGAUGCAGUGCAAGUUGUAAUAUCUGCUGCCACCCAAAACUACUUCAUUGAUUUUAAAAAUACUGUAUUUUAUACUGUAAAUAAAGUUUAAUGAUCUUGCCUAUAAUCUACCUACAAAAUACAAAGCUUAAAUAAAGAUGAGUUCAAUAGCA